UUUUAGGCAAUAUCUAUAUAAGCUUCUUACAUUCUUGAAUCUUUUAGUAGUUCUUUGUUAAUCUAUCGUUGGAUAAGUUUGAAAAAAAUAUAUUAAUCUCUAUCAUGUUGAAAUUUGUGAAAAUUCUUUUCGUCAUUGGCUUUGUUGCUGCCAUUCCACUCCGAAUUGAAAAUGAUGAAGAGUCCACUGUGAUACCUGAAGUUAUUUCCAUUAUUAAAUCAGAAUCAAAUCAAGAUGCUGAUGGUUCAUACAAUUUUGUCUAUGAAUCCAGUGAUGGUAGUGGUCGCGAAGAAAAUGCUGAAAUUGUCAACCCUGGAACUGAAGAUGAAAAAAUCAAAAUUACUGGAUCAUACAAAUAUAUUGAUGCUGAUGGACAAGAAGUUUUGGUAACUUAUACCGCUGAUGAAAAUGGAUUUGUUCCUAUUAGUUCAAUUAUUCCAAAAGAAAUUUCUGAUAAUGCUUUGGCAGCUAAGGAUUUACCAAAACUAGAACAUGUUCAAGAGCUUGCUCAAGAUCUUGUUCCACCAGUUGAAGAAGAAGCAGAUUAUUCAAAUACUGAAGCUUAUACCGAAUAAGUUGAAAAAUGGUGCGAAAUAAUUAGUUUUUAGUGGUUAGUGUCCUUUAGAAUUAAAAUUAGUUUUACGAUUUCUGUGAAAUAAAAAAAAUUAUUCUUCUAUUCAGUUCAA